AAACAAACCUAGGCUACUUGCGGCUAAAGUAAACGGACCAAUAAGGUAACCGCUACUUGACCCUGAAGUACUCAAGAACCUGCUUUGUGUGUUUUUAUGUAUCAAUAUACUGCCUACUAGCCAACGAUUGUACGUGGAUUGGUUUUUUUCCUCCUGCUGUUGAGUGACUAAAUAUACUGCUUAAAAAUGAGUUCAUGUUGGAACGAAACCGGUUGGUGGGCUGAUCAAGAAGGUUUGUCACUUGUCACUAAAUUAACCUAAUAGAAACCGAACUUUCGUAUGCUCGUGACAAACUGGAUUCGUUGCUGCAGAUCUUAAAAGAGGACCCAGCUAAGACCAAGACCAGCACCAAGUAUAAGGAUGAAAUGGCUGGUCGGCGAGAUUCUUCAGAAAAGGAAAAGUUUAGGAGUCCAUUUUAUAAAGUAUCUCCGAAUGAUAUUAAAAGGAAGAAACGACGAGUACCAUCUGAAGAAGAAGAAACAUACAAAGAAUCAUUUGUUAUAAAGGUUUUUGAGAGAAGUGUGGACUUUGGACAGUUUAGCGAAAACGCUCCUUUGUAUCCAAUGGCUAGAUCUUGGAUACGUAAUCUUAAUCAGGGUGAUUCUUCAUCAUGGAAUGAUGUCCCAAACGUUGAUGAUGACCAGGAGAACAGUGAUCAGUUGCCUGACUGUCAUUACACGCUACCUAAGCCAAGUGAUGGAUUGACCGAUAAUGACAUCAGGAUACCGCCUCCUCUCCCAUCGGACGGUCAGCCAUUCCUUAUAAACGUCGAGAACCCACCUAAGGAAAUGUCUCCUGAAGGAUUAUUGGAACAGCAUAUUGUCCGUUGGAGAGAAAUCCGAAGAAAAUGGAAAGCUGCCUGUCGCGAUAACGAAGAACGGUAUUUGGACUCUUAUCUUAUUCUCAAAGAAACGUAUGACAAAUUCUGCAAGGACAUACCAUAAGCUCCGUCUUAUAAAAUAAAUGUAUUUGUUCAUAAAGGCAAACACAAAUUAUAAAAGUGUCUUUCUGACAAUUCAGUAACUUUGCACCAUCGUAACCACCUUCCUUUGCACAAUUUAGCGAUAGUUGGGCUGCCAUGUAUUUCAAAACAGUGGGGAUCCUUAAAAACAGUAAAAGAAUUGGUCUUUAGGUCACAUUUACUCUAUAGACAUCACACUUGAUAAAUGCACAAGAUAUAAAUACUAAAGCGAAAUUAAAUCGUCAUUUAGAUUCAACUAUUUCAUGUAUGUAAUAGUACAUUACGCCUCACUACGUGAUACCAAGUUGCAGCGUAUUGGUUGGUUGUAGUUGCCUUGAUCAUUGAUAUGCUUUCACUCUUAGUUUCCCAUUAGGUUAAUAGAUGUGGAUUUCAGACUUCCAUGCUGAUAACUUAGUAAACACUAAUGUUUAAAAUCCACAAACAAAACUUGAAGAACCACAUUUGGGACUUCGGAUUCAGGUUUACAAAAGCUUUCAUCGCUGUUUGGGUUUGUGUAUACAAAUUCAUUUGUAGCAUUAGGAGCAUUUCGCUAUAUUUAAAAGCAAAUGGAAUUUUAGCCUGCACUGAUGCUGCGCCUUGGAUUCACUUAAGUAAUAUAUACACUGUUGUGUAUAGUCUGGUAGUGUUUUGCACCAUUCACUUCCUCUUAUAUCUAUGUGUAAGAUGAAUAUGGUUGAUAAUGAAUAAUUUUAUUAAUUAAUGAGUGGUUUAAACCAUUUAGUUUACAAAGUGUUAGACUGUUGAGUCAAAGAUUUUAGUUACUGGUUUAAUUGUCGAGUAUCAAUCUUAAUCCACAUGUUCGUAACACAAACGAGAUCUGAUCAGUGUUUUAGACAUCACUUAACCAACUUACACAAAUUAGCAACAUAGUUGGCUGAUCAGGAAACGUUUUUAGUGCAAUGAUUCCUUUUGAUGAACUGUCGUCGUAUCCUCCUAAAAAGUUAAACGAGGUUUCUACUUACCGAGCAUGACUGGUGAUCCGUGUGCUUGAAAAUGAUCAACAAGCAAUUUGAUGAUUUCCUCCGUAAAAAGGCCAUUUUCCACACGUAUUAUCUUAAAAUCAUGCUAACACCUCUUUAAAGAAUCAGGACCUACCUUUGUCACGUAUUGUAUUACUAAUCCACAUUCGUAUGUUCCAAUCCAAUCAUGA